GUUCGCCAAUGAGGCGGAGGACAAGGGCGUGCAGACCGCUGAGGACUCCCGGUUCUUCGGCCUCUCCGCGGGCUUCGACUCCUUCAGCAACGAGGGCAAGGAGCUGAUCAUCCAGUACCAGGCGAAGUACGAGAAGGACAUCGAGUGCGGUGGCGGCUACGUCAAGGUCGGGCCAAAGCUCAGCGAUCCCAAGACCUUCGGCGACCCCACGCCGUACAACAUCAUGUUCGGCCCGGACAAGUGCGGCUACACCAAGCGCACGCACCUGAUCUUCAGCUACAAGGGCAAGAACGUGCUGAAGAAGUCGGACCUG